CCAUCAACGCAUCAUUCGAAAGCAAGUUCAGGCCGAUGAAACCAGUGCAAAUCAAAAUGGAAGACUGUUGUGUAUGCAAUCAGAAGUGCAAUUGAAAGCGAUUUCCUGAACAUUACACAGCAACGCAACUAUGAUCCGUAAUCACCGGGCAAAUAUAGCGCCAUUCCAUGUAUCUCGAGAUAUUUAAGCACGAUACACCACAAGCUCGACUGGUCCGUGAAAUCACUACAAUCCAUCAAAUGACAACAAGAAUUGCACAGAUCGCGAAACAAGCCAGCUCCAAAAUGGCGCAGAAGUCUAAUAUCCACCUCUACACGGCCCAGACGCCCAAUGGCAUCAAGGCGUCCAUUGUCCUAGAAGAGCUGGGUUUGAAGUAUGAAACCACAUCGAUUGAAUUCAGCAAGAACACUCAAAAGGAGCCAUGGUUUCUACAGAUCAACCCCAACGGUCGCAUCCCGGCCCUGACGGACACCUUCGAGGACGGCAAGACCAUCAGGUUGUUUGAGAGCGCCUCCAUCAUGCAGUACCUCGUGGAGCGCUACGACAAGGACCACAAGAUCUCGUAUCCCUACGGCUCGAGGGAAUAUUGGGAGGUCAACAACUGGGUCAUGUGGCAGAUGGGCGGCCUCGGACCCAUGCAAGGUCAAUUGAAUCAUUUCAACCGAUACGCCCCGGAGAAGAUCCCCUACGCCAUCAACAGAUAUAUGAACGAGACGCGCCGGUUGUUCCGCACGCUGGACACGGCCUUGAAGGAGUCAGAGUCCGGGUAUCUUGUGGGCGACAAAGCCACCAUUGCUGAUUUCGCCAGCUGGGGGUGGGUAGCGCAUGCCGCUGGCUCCGGUGUCGACAUCAAUGAGUUUCCGGCACUGAAGAGAUGGAGGGAUCUGCUACUCAGCCGACCUGGUCUCGAGAAGGGUCGCCAGGUACCAUCGCCGCACAAGGCACUUGAGCAGGAAAACCAGAGUGAGGCAGAUAUUGCGGCAGCGGCACAGAAGAACGCUUCGUGGAUCCAGUCUGGCAUGAAGGAAGACUCUAAAUAGAGCCUCAUCUCUGGAGUUCCAGUUCAACUGAGACUACAUCAUCUGAAGGUGGCGGCCGUCUCAAUGCAUGUCAUCUCUGUCAUCUGAUAGCGCGGGUUAUCAUGGAGAUUGAUUAAUAUUAUAUUGGUUACGUAA